AUGAGACAUCAACAAUUUGCCAUCAGGCCAAUAUUUCCAUACGCUGAUGUAUUGGAAGAUGACAAAGAAGUCGCCGAUGUUACUCUCGAUGAUGUCUUAAAGGUGGACUGGAAUUGGCCAUGCUUUGAUGAAUGGUACGAUUCACGAACUGGAAAGAAAUCACGAAAGGAAAAGAAUGAAAGCAUCCAGAAAAGCAAAUUCGUGCCCUUUAAGGUUGUUUACUUGCAGAACUCCAAGGAUUUUUACACAACAUUUGUUGAGUUGAGUUCCCAUUCAUUGAUCAAGAUCUUAAGAAGUGUCCUUCUUGACGACAAAGAAAUUCUCAAUGAUGCGCCCAGGAUCGAAGCACUUAUACCUCUAUCUGAAACUGUAACGGAAGAUGGUGCGUCUGACCUGGAGGUUGAAAGGAUCCAUUUGAAUCACUUGAUUCGAUUCCUUGAACAGGAAUACAAUCAGACGACCAAAACUCGUAAAAGAAUGCUUGAACAACGAGUAAUUUCAUAUGACAUAUUAAGCUUAACUGCCUUGCAUUCGAAAACCAUUGUUCAUAGUCGAUGUGAUAUGUCUGGUCAGCAAAUCGGUGGUAUCAUUUCCUCGACAGACGAACGUGUUGAAUUUGUUAACAAUGAAUAUAAAAGGGUGUUUAAUAUAAAAAUUAAGGUCAUCGACUGUGACGGUAAAGGAUUUAAGCGUUGCUUUGUAACGCGCAAGAUCGAAUGCUUCAAGGGUGAAGUUGGCUUCUCUGAUUUACCCGUCGUUCCAUUCAAAUUUUCUAAAACAAACGCAUUCCUCGAGAACGCUAUUAUUGAAAAUGGAAAACGAUUUUUCGACCUAGCCUUAGGAAGCAUCUUUAUGAAUUAUGAGGGUCCGUUAUUGCGCUAG